AUGGCAUCAGCCAUGUGUUCCUUUGGCAAGCUUUCGACAUGGCUUGCUUGGAUGCUUUGCAUCUUUACUGUCUUUACCAACGUCGGAUCUUUCAAGCUUUCCAGCAUGCCUCUCAAUGCGACUGACCCCGAUGCUGGCAAUGUGUCGGAAUCGGACCAGAAUGUCAGCGAACUUCUUUCUCAGGCUUUCGUCGGUGAAAUGCAGGACCUCGACGGCAUGCCCGAACCGAAGGAGAAUGGCGAGAAGGGUGGGGGCAUAGGCGAGCUGGGCAAGAGCUUGGAGUUCUUGAUGCUCAAGGUCGCGCAGCUUGAGACUUUCGCGGAGUUGCAGCAGACAGAGCUCGGGAUGGCGCAGAAGGAGCUCGGCGAGCAUCGUGCUCUGAUUGAGAAGCUGCUGAAGAAAUGCGGUCCCGAUGACGCGGAGAUUUCAAUGGUGCAGAAGCAGAAGAGUUCCGAGGAGAGAGUGCAAGAAGCCCAUGACAUCUUGACAAGGGUGCUCCAGAAGCAUGCGCACCAGCGGGAGCACAGGGAGUAUCAUCCCGAAGCUCACGAGAAGGACGAGGAGACGGCCCAGCAGGAGGAGGAGGAGACCGUCAAGAGCGAGAGGAGAGCCCUGCUGCAAAAGCGCCGAGAGCGCCGCAGCGCAUGGGGUCCGGUAGGAAAAGCUGUCAAGGCCGUUGCAAAAGUGGCCGAGACGGGUGUCAAGUACGCCCACGAAGGAGUCGGCCAUGCCGUGAAAACGUUGGACGGCACCGGACUCACCGGGGGCGCCUUGACCGAAGCUUACGAAGCCGCCGCGAAGGCGGGGAAUGCCGCCAAGUUUUUGGCGAACACCGCAAUUUCCUCUGUGGAGAUGGCCGCGCAGCUCAUCACGGCGUCAGGCUCCUGGGGCGCGAGUUGCACCAACCAUGCUCCGUGGCUUGGUAGGCACGGCACCCGGUUCGACAUCCAUUUCGGGCACCAAAGAUGCUCGAUCAAUCUCCUGAACAAUCACCUCACUCUUUUCGACUUCAACUGGGGCAGGAAGUCAAUAGAAAUGCAGGACUUUCUGCCUGAGCCAGUAAAACUCGUGGCAGGGACUGCAUACGAGGCUGUCCGGACAGUGUUCAGUGUUGGGUGGGAGCUGGCACAUUGUCCACACCGUGGCCACCACCAUCAUUUGAUUGGAUGCCUUGGCGGUUGGAUCCAGCACCUUGCUCCACCGCUGCAUUGGAUGCCCCACCCCGUGCACGCACUUGUAAAUGGCCAGAUAAUGAGCCUCCUGCCGGGGCAAUUGAACCAAAUUGCCACCGGCAACAUCAUGGGUCUCUUGCCGGGACAGUUGAGCCAGAUUGCUCGUGGUGACAUCAUGGGUCUCUUGCCGGGACAGUUGAGCCAGAUUGCUCGUGGUGACAUCAUGGGUCUCUUGCCGGGACAGUUGAGCCAGAUUGCUCGUGGUGACAUCAUGGGUCUCUUGCCGGGGCAACUCAACCAGAUUGCCAGUGGCAACAUCAUGGGGCUCAUGCCUGGGCCAAUGCAACUUCUUGGAGGUGGCCAAGCGAAUUCCAUCCAGAAUAUGCUCACCUUGGGCAACGCGCUCAUGAAGUGUUCCGAGUCACAGCAGAGUGACUUGGUCCAAUGCCUCGGCUUCCAGAUUGUUGGGAGCGUCCCUCCCUUGAACUUCUUGAACCGCUUGGGCGAAAUCUUCGGAGAGUUCAUCGCAGCCUUCGCAAAGGUCGCCUCCACAGUGGCGGCUCAAGCGAUGAAGGGAGGGGAAUCCCUGCUGCAGACGGCGGCCACCACGGAGUUCCCUUCUGCAGGCGCUCAGGCGAUGGUGCAUCACAGAGGACCCAACCUCGUCAUUACCAAGCACUCGCAGCAGCUGCCAACGAGACAACAAGCGCUGUUGCAGGAAAUGGCCCAACUGGAGGAUGAUGACGAUCCACCGGCCGCCGUCAAGUGGAGCUUUGAAGACUACGGCCCAGAGACUCACGCGCUGGUCACCCAGUUCAAUGGCAGGGAGACGGCGACCGGAUCCUGCCUGGCAUUCGCACCCAGGAAUAAGACCGGCAGCAACAACCAGGCGACCCAGGAGGAUUGGCAGGCGGAUACCAAGGACGACUUCAUUAAGCUGGAGCCUUGGGCGGUGCCUUGCGGCAACCAGUGGAUGAAGGACCAUUGGGACAAGUGGCAGGGGUAUUCCUUUUACUCGGUGGAUUUCUCGAUUGAGAAAUGCCUUACGGUGACUUUCCAGUUGAACAUGCAGCCCGUGGUGGCCUUCGUGGGUGGCGUCCAAUUCGACUUGCUGCCCGGGCCGUUGGCCGAAAUCGACACACAAGUCUGCUGGCCGCGGCACCAGCCGGGUGGGCUGGACCUCAGCGUGUUGCGGUCCGUGAUCAAGUCGAACGGUGUGAUGCUUUUCAGCCGGACACUUCGCCUGUCCAAGAGGUUUGGCGACGACACGCACUUCGUGAUGGAGAACGUCCACGGGGGCCACCAGACAGCGCGAAGCUUCUUCGGUGCGUCCGCAACAGAUGGCGAGAGUGGAACCGGCAUGGCCUCCAUGAAGAGGUCGUCGCUCCUGGAGAGCAACCAGACCAAGGCGCAGGCGAAGGCUCGUUUGCAGGAGUCCCUGCACUGGGAGACGGACGAGGAGGAUCUGUAUUUGGCUUCGGUCGAAUACGGAGAGGACAUGGGCAUCAACAAGACGUCCGAAGUCCGAGGAUCCUCUGCCAGAGACCGCAUCAACUCCCUUCAGGCCACGUCUGAGGACAAAUCGAAAGCCGACACCUUCAAGCUGUUCGGCUUCAAGAACCCGGGCUUGGUGAACUUCGAGAUCAGCGGGCUCUUGUCUGGCAACUGGCUUCAGCUUGGCUUGCAGAUGGGCUUCGGACCAGCAUACCAGAGCCCUAAGAUGACCAUCCCUUUGGUGAAUCUAGCAGACCAGUUCGCACUGAUCUUGGCGGCAGUUCCGGAUGCGCUGGUUUCCACGGAAAGCAGGGCACGGGCGAUCGCUGCCUUGAAAGACUUCUCGUCUUCAGAUAUCCGAGAGGUCAGGAGCCAAUCCAAGAUGGCAAAGGUGGGAGACGCUGGCCACCAGCAGGGCCAAGAAGGCGAAUGGUCCUUCAGCGUCAACUCGCCGCCCGUCGGCUCGGACAUCAAGCCCCAGGAGAGGCCCGCUGAGGUCCUGCGCGAGUGCCAGGGCGCUAUCGUGGAGGGAACCUCGUGCUCACAUUUGCAGGAGCCAGACUGCAACAGCCACUUCGUGACGGUGGGAGAACGCACAAUGCAGUGCACUUGGCUCGACGGAAGGUGCUUGACCAUGGGCUCCCGCUGUGAGACGACUACAAGUACGACGACAUCGACGACAACCACGACCACCACAACGACCACGGGAAUGUUCCACAGGGAACUUCAGCCGGCCGCCCCGUCAUCCAUGGUGGCUUGGUUCAAGAGCGAAGAUGCUAAUCCAGUUUGGAAGAGCGCGGUGGGCAGCUGGCAGGGUCGUGCCACGAAGGGCAGCGUCACCAGAAAUGUCGAGGCUGGACACGGAGCUACAAGACCUGUGGGGUACCUCGCAGGCCUCACCACCGCCGGAUAUGACUUCGGCAAGAUCAUGAAGCCGGACUUCACGAUUUGUUCCAUCACCCGCUAUCUUUAUGCAGGAGGGAUUUUUGGCCGCAUUCUUCAAACUGGUCAUCAUCCCAAUUUCCUCCACGGCCACCAUGGUGGCCGCGUAGGUGUGGCUCACUACAACACUUGGGUCACCCCUUAUGAAGGUGCGAGCCAUACCGAUUGGCUUGUGAUGUGUGGCAACAACAAGGGGGUUGUCUACGUGGGCAACGAGCGGCGCAACAUCGCCAUCCGCCACGGUCAUCUCCACGGCGAAGACUUCCACUUGUACAUCAACGAGGGCUUCGCCAAUGAAGCCUCGGACUUCGCUGUCAUGGAGGUCAUCACGUGGAACCGGGCUCUUUCGGAUUACGAGAUAUGGACCAGCAUGGAGUACCUGAACUGGAAACUCCAGGAAAUUCUUCCACAGCAUCCUGCCGCCCAGUCAUCUAUGGUGGCUUGGUUCAAGAGCGAAGAUGCUAAUCCAGCAUGGAAGAGCGCGGUCGGCAGCUGGCAAGGCCGCGUGACAAAGGGCAGCGUCACCAGAAAUGUCGAGGCUGGACACGGAGCUACAAGACCUGUGGGGUACCUCGCAGGCCUCACCACCGCCGGAUAUGACUUCGGCAAGAUCAUGAAGCCGGACUUCACGAUUUGUUCCAUCACCCGCUAUCUCUAUGCAGGAGGGAUUUUUGGCCGCAUUCUUCAAACUGGUCAUCAUCCCAAUUUCCUCCACGGCCACCAUGGUGGCCGCGUAGGCGUGGCUCACUACAACACUUGGGUCACCCCUUAUGAAGGUGCGAGCCAUACCGAUUGGCUUGUGAUGUGUGGCAACAAUAAGGGGGUUGUCUACGUGGGCAACGAGCGGCGCAACAUCGCCAUCCGCCACGGUCAUCUCCACGGCGAAGACUUCCACUUGCACAUCAAUGAGGGCUUCGCCGGGGAAGCCUCGGACUUCGCUGUCAUGGAGGUCAUCACGUGGAACCGGGCACUCUCGGAAGACGAGAUGUGGACCAGCAUGGAGUACCUGAACUGGAAACUCCAGGCACAUCUUGCGCAUCGGCCAUCUGCGGAGUCUUCCAUGGUGGCUUGGUACAAGAGCGAGGAUGCCAGUCCAGCUUGGAAGAGCGCAGUGGGCAGCUGGCAAGCUCGAGUCACCAAGGGCAGCAUAACCAGAAAGUUCAACGUAGGUUUCGGGGCUGCAGUACCCGUAGCGUACCUCGACGGCCUCACCAACGCCGGGUUAGACUUCGGCGCGAUCAUGAAGCCGGACUUCACGAUUUGUUCCAUCACCCGCUAUCUUUAUGCAGGAGGCAUAUUUGGCCGCAUUCUCCAAAACAUCCAUCCUAAUUUCCUUCACGGCCACUGGGGUGGUCAAGCAGGUGUGGCUCAUUACAACUCCUGGGUCACGCACCAUGCAAGAAGUCCGCGCAGUACCGACUGGCUCGUGAUGUGUGGCAACAACAAGGGAGUUGCCUACGUUGGCAAGGAUGCGAAGAACAUCGCCGUCCGCCACGGUGUUCUGCACAACGCAGACUUCCACCUGUACAUCAAUGAGGGCUUCACCAAUGAAGCCUCUGACUUCGCUGUCAUGGAGAUCAUCACGUGGAACCGGGCACUCUCGGAAGACGAGAUGUGGACCAGCAUGGAGUACCUGAAUUGGAAACUCGAGGCCACGAUUCCAUACCAGCCAGCUGACAAGCGGUCCAUGGUGGCUUGGUACAAGAGCGAGGAUGCCAGUCCGGCUUGGAAGAGCGCAGUGGGUAGCUGGCAAGCUCGAGUCACCAAAGGCAGCGUCCACAGAAAGUACAAUGCAGGCAAUGGGGCUGCAGUACCUGUGGCGUACCUCGACGGCCUCACCACCGCCGGAUUAGACUUCGGCAAGAUCAUGAAGCCGGACUUCACGAUUUGUUCCAUCACCCGCUAUCUUUAUGCAGGAGGCAUAUUUGGCCGCAUUCUCCAAAACAUCCAUCCUAAUUUCCUCCACGGCCACCAUGGUGGCCGCGUAGGCGUGGCUCAUUACAGCACCUGGGUCACGCCUUAUGAAGGUGCGAGCCGUACCGAUUGGCUUGUGAUGUGUGGCAACAAUAAGGGGGUUGUCUACGUGGGCAACGAGCGGCGCAACAUCGCCAUCCACCACGGUGUUCUCCACAGCGAAGACUUCCACUUGUACAUUAAUGAGGGCUUCGCCAAUGAAGCCUCGGACUUCGCUGUCAUGGAGGUCAUCACGUGGAACCGGGCACUCUCGGAAGACGAGAUGUGGACCAGCAUGGAGUAUCUGAAUUGGAAGCUCGUGACCGGCUCCAAGUGA